AUGCUGCGACGGUACCUGCGUCGCAUGUCCACCUCCACUGGCUCGUACCGCUCCCACGCCGAGCGCACGGCCACGCAGCCACGGGAUAAUACGUUGCACACAGCCCGAAUAACACACAUCGCCCGCUCCACGUCCACGCUGCGUCUAUUCACACUAACACUCACCACCCCGCACUUCACCUUCAAACCCGGCCAAUGGCUCGACGUCCACGUCCCCACGCCCGCCGCCCCUUCCCCAGGUGGCUUUACAAUUAUCUCGCCACCCUCUCUCCUCCCCCGCCUACAACUCGCCAUCCAAGCCGCGCCCCACAACCCGCCCGCCGCCUGGCUAUGGCAGCACGAGCCCCUCAUCGAGGGUAAGGUGGUGAAAGUUAGGGCCGGCGGCAACUUUACGUUUCCGCCCCCGGAGGAGAGCGGCGUUGCUGGGGGUAUCGGGCAUGUGGUAUUUGUGGCGGCGGGGGUGGGCGUAAAUCCGCUACUAUCGAUGCUGCGCUAUAUACAGGAGAGCGAAAAGGACCUCGAGGUCUCGUUCCUGUGGAGCACGAAAACGCCCGUGCCCGAGGCAUACAUGAGCGUUUUAUCGGCGCUUGAUGAGCCGAGCUUUAAGCUCUUUAUCACCGGCUCCAAAGAUGAGGCGGCCACAGUGACGGAUGAAGCUGUGCCCGCGGCGGCGGAGGAGGAGGAGGAGGCGGUCAAGUGGCCGCAUGAGACGCGCAGAAUGACGGUAGAAGAUGUAAAGGCGGUGGUGGAGCUUGGCCCUGCGGAGGAGACGGUGGUGUAUGUGUGUGGGCCACCGCCAUUUACAGAGACGUUUGUGGAGGGGGUAGUGGCGCGGACGGGGCUGGGAAGGGAGAGGGUGUUUAUGGAGAGGUGGUGGUGA